ACGGGCGUUUCCCUUUAGUGCCUUUGGAACAGGAGAACAUUCCACCCCCUCCAGUCAUUACACGCAGCCUCUGUCACGUAUCUUUGCAGAUACCGGAAGAUCCCUCUGGGCAGGGAGCUCGCUCCCAGCAAGAUGACUGUGGCAAUCUUUGCAAACUGUGUGUUCUUUCUUAAAGUGAAACACUUACCCAUUCAGGAGAAGAAUAGACUGAGAACAUGCAUUAAAGAAAAUGGUGGAAUAAUUUAUUUUGUGCUAAAUCAUGAGUGUACACAUGUCAUUGUGGAUAAUGUUGCUGUACUCAGCUCUUAUCAUCUGAAAACUAUUGAGAAGUAUCGACUCCCCAUUGUAAGUGCCGAUUUUGUGUGGAAAUCAGCUGAAGAAGGAAAACUUUUACCGAUUGAUGACUAUGAGUCUAGUAAAUCAUUGGAAGAUAGUUCUGACCAAAAACCAAGCCAUUACGGUGAGAAAAACCACUCAUCUUCUGAGCAUGACAUUAAGGAGAAACAGGAUGCCACUGAGAAGAAUGAAAACUGUGGCCCUGAUCACACUCCCUUGGAAGUCAGUGAGAGCUCCGUUGGGCCCAAUAUGGAGAGCAUCAGAUUUUAUACAGAAAAUGAUCAAGAUAUUCCUUAUUUUCCACAAGAUUUUGAAGUUGCAAAAUAUGAUGCCCUUGAAAAAAUUAGUACUGAGAAAGGCAAACAAGUUGUAGUUAUUGAAUUGCAGUGUUCCCAAGAAUCGUGUGAGUUUCCCUUUCGAAUAUCUGCACACUUCAGCAUGUCAGAUGGAUUCAAGAGUAAAAAACAGUUCAUUGCAACUAAGACUUCUGAAGAAGUAAGAGAAAAUUAUGAGAUUUAUGUUGAAGAUUUGAAGAACCAGGAUUUUCUAUUAAGAGAAACCUUUCCACCUGGUGCAGACUAUUUAGCCUCUAUGAAAUUACAAGAGCUACUUCUAGAGGAAGCCAUAAAUUCAAGCACUUUAUCCCAAGAAAUUAGUGCUUUUGUGGAACUGAUCUGGGCAGAAGCACUUGGUCAUUUGGACCAUUUACUACUUGAACCAGUAAACAACAUCAGCCUAAAUGAUGUCAGCAAAGGGGAAGGUAUUCUACUUCAAAUAAAGAAUGCAAUGAAUGAGGGAACAGAAGCAAAGGCACUGAAAGCGAUGAUGAUGGAGUUCUAUCGAAUUAUACGUCACAAAAAUGGAAUAGACUAUAAUAUUACCAAAAAACUGUUAUCUAGCAAACAGGACCUCUGUCAGCUAAUCAGAGACAUGCUUAAUGUUUGCGAAACAAGUACGUCAAGCCCUAACCCACCAUCUCUUGCUAAAUACCGGGCUUUAAGGUGCAAGAUACAAGCUAUCAAUCCAAACAGUGAAGAAUUUCUCAAUGUUAAACAGCAGGUGUUGAAAAAUAAUCACAGUGACUGUCCAGUGAAAGUUUUACAAAUAUACAGAGUUGGCAGAAUAAGUGAAACAGCAGAGUUUCUGAGCAAUCUUGGGAAUGUUCAAUCCUUAUUCCACGCAUCAUCUGUGCGCAACUUCGUUGGAAUUCUCUCCCGAGGUCUCCUUUUACCAAAGAUAGUGGUUGAAGAUCAUGGCAUGGAAAGAACUGAUAUUGGGAAGCUGGGGAGUGGCAUUUAUUUCAGUGAUUCUAUCAGUACAAGCACUAAGUAUUCUCCACCAAGUGAAAUGGAUGGAACUCGACUGUUGGCUGUGUGUAAUGUGGCACUUGGAACCUGCUUGGAUUUGUAUAAAAAAGAUUUGUCAUUGACUAAUGCGCCAGCAGGAUAUGACAGCGUGCAUGGAGUCCGUAAAAGAGGAAACAUCUAUUCAGAUUUUGAGGAUGAUGAAUUUGUUGUAUACAAAACCUGUCAGGUUAAAAUGAGAUACAUUGUUAAGUUUUGCCUUGCUGGAGACCAAGUAAAGCAGUUUCAGCCUGGAAUCGAGACAGAAUUAGAGCAAGAUCGGCCAGCGACCUCACAUUGUCAUUUACAACCCGAAGACUAUGCAUUACCAAGUGUAAAUCUUUUAAACCAUGUAAAAACUGGUCUUCAGGACACAUCUGGAAACCCAGUCCCUCUUGAAGAUAUUCAUAUCAAGGGGAGGAUAAUAGACUUCAUAGCACAGAUAGUAGUGUUUCAGACAUACACCAAUCAGAAUGAUAAUUCCAUUGAGGCAAAAUAUGUCUUUCCUUUGGAUGGCACAGCGGCUGUAUGUGGAUUUGAGGCUUUCAUCAAUGGGAAACAUAUUGUUGGAAAGGUUAAAGAAAAGGCACAAGCACAUAAGGAAUAUAGAGAAGCAAUCAGUCGAGGUGAUGGAGCUUACUUGAUGGACCAGGAUGCCCCAGAUGUUUUUACUGUAAGUGUUGGAAACUUACCACCUAAAACUACAGUUCUUAUCAAAGUCACCUACAUCACUGAGCUUAGUUUUCAGAAUGGCUGUAUUACUUUUCAAAUGCCUGCUGCUGUGGCUCCUUGGCAACAAGACAAAGCCUUAAAUGAAAACACACAGGAUACAGUAAAGAAGGUUUGUGUUAAACAAAUAGGAACAAAAAAGGGUGGAUUCUGUGUGGCCAUGUCUAUUGAAAUGCCAUACAGCAUUGAACGCAUUCAUAGUUGGACGCACACACUUAAAAUAAAGAAAACAGACUGCAAAGCCGUAAUCAGGACUGUGGACAAUAGUUCCUUGGACAUCUGUGGCUUUGCUCUAGAAAUCUGGAUUUCUCAAGUAUAUCUACCCAGAAUGUGGGUAGAGAAGCAUCCAAACAAAGAGAGUGAGGCAUGCAUGCUUGUAUUUCAACCAAAGUUUGAAACAAGGUUUAAAGGAAUCCAACUGUCCGGAGAAAUUAUUAUUUGUCUAGAUUGCUCCAAUUCCAUGGAGGGUUCAACACUGCAACAAGCAAAGCAGAUUGCUCUCCAUGUUCUACAAAUGUCUUGUUUUGGACAGAGAGUGAAUGUUAUCAGAUUUGGCACGAAUUUUACAGAAUUUUCUUCAUAUUCAAAGAAUAUCAAAAGUGAUCUUGCAGAAGUGAAGGAGUUUAUUAUAUCUGCUACACCAACAAUGGGAAAUACUGACUUAUGGAAAACCUUACGUUAUUUAAGUUUGUUGUAUCCUUCUCAAAGAGAGCGUAACAUUCUUCUUUUAUCCGAUGGGCACAUUCAGAAUGAGAGCAUGACCUUCCAAAUUGUGAAAGAGAAUGUCAGACACACCAGGUUAUUUACAUGUGGUGUUGGUUCCACAGCAAAUCAUCACAUGCUGAGAUCUUUGUCUCAAUAUGGUGCUGGAGCAUAUGAAUAUUUUGACCCAAAAUCGAAGUAUAACUGGCUAAAAAAGAUAGAAAGCCAGACAUCCAGAAUAUUUUCUCCAGGAUGCAGUUCUGUCUCUAUUAAAUGGCAACAGUUUGACUCAAAUGCACCAGAGCCAUUGCAGGCUCCUGCUCAAAUACAGUCUUUAUUUAACAAUGAAAGACUUCUUGUCUAUGGAUUUAUCCCACGUUGUACUCAGGCCACCUUAAAUGCACUAAUAAAUGACCAAGAAUUGCAAGCAAUGGUAUCAACCACUGAAUUACAGAAGACAACAGGAACACUUCUCCACAAACUCACAGCAAGAGCCCUCAUUAGGGAUUAUGAAGAUGGGAUACUUCAUGAAAAUGAAACAGAACAUGAGAUGAAGAAACACACUUUGAAAGUCCUGAUUAUUAACCUCAGCGUGGAGCACUCCAUCAUAACCCAGUUUACAAGCUUUGUGGCAGUAGAAAAAAGGGAUGUUAAUGAAGUUCAGCAUGCUGGCCUUCCAAACAUUCUUGAACUUAUAGCUGAGGAAGAUAUAGACUUUUUACCCUACAUGGACUGGGAGCAUGAUACAUCUGGACAUGGAUACGUGUUUUCUAAUAGAGGAGUGGGAUUUGGCAGACGUAAAUUGACCUCUUACUGUGCUGAUGAACCAGGCGGUGCCCUGACCCCAGAGGAGACCGAGUCCAGGGAGGAGCUGCUGAUGGCUAGCUACUUCGGGGAGACGGAUGACACCUACAGAGCCAAGGUUGUAUUUCCCCAGACCACCACUGCUGCUUUCCUGUCUGGCCAGCUGGUGGGGACAGGGGAUAUCCCUGACAGUGCACAGAGAUUAGAAGGCAUGGUCCUACCAACAGCAGCCUCUAGCAGGCCGAAGAGAGACACUGCAGUGCUGGCUCUGCCUGGCUGGCAAGGAGCUGACACCAGGAUCCGCUAUUCGGAAAAUGAGCAGGAUGCUAAUGAAGUUCAGCAUGCUGGUCUUCCAAACAUUCCUAUGGCUCCAGAACGUUUAGACAUUUUACCCUACAUGGACUGGGAGCAUGAUACAUCUGGAUAUGGAUACCUGUUUUCUAAUAGAGGAGUGGGUGAAUCGGUUCCUUUUCAUGAAGUAACUAGUGGUUUUUCUGGCCACCUCCAAAUUGGAGGAGAUAAUAAGCCGAAAAGUCUCCAAUUUCAAAGUGACAAAGAACUUCCCUUGGUUGAACAGUGCAUCUUACCAGAUUCCAUUGGAUUCAGUUUUAUAAAGACUGCUGAAGUUGAAUAUGAUGCUGGUGCCACUGAAGUUGGACUAUUUGCAUCUAUCUCUGAGCCACAACCAAAAUUCGUCAUGCAUAUUCAAUCACCUUUACAAUACAAAUCUUCCAAGCCUCUAGCUCGUCCGCCUUUUCCUCAACGUUCACAGGCUACUGGCAUUAAUUUUUCUUUUCAAGCUCCUUGCCCUCCUCCUUGCCCUCCUCCUUGUGGCCAAGCUCCUCGGCCUCCUCCUUGCCCUCUUCCUGGUGGCCAAGCUCCUCCUCCUCCUCCUUGCCCUCCUCCUUGUGGCCAAGCUCCUCCUCCUCCUCCUUGCCCUCCUCCUGGUGGCCUAGCUCCUUGCCCUCCUCCUCCCCCUCUUCCUGGUGCCCCAGCUCCUUGCCCUCCUCCUCCUCCUCCCGGUGGCCCAGCUCCUUGCCCUCCUCCUUGUGGCCAAGCUCCUCCUCCUCCUCCUUGCCCUCCUCCUGGUGGCCUAGCUCCUUGCCCUCCUCCUUGCCCUCCUCCUGGUGGCCAACCUCCUUGCCCUCCUCCUUGCCCUCUUUUUGGUGGCCAAGCUCCUUGCUCUCUUUUUGGCCUUCCUCCUUGCUCUCCUGAAUUCACUCAGGGGCUUUCUUCAUAUAUAAAGAGCUCAUUUACUCCUGUGGGCAGAACCCUGAAGAAGGCAAAUUUUGAAGCACAAGUUACUCCUGAAGUUCUUGCUUCACCAGCUAGGUUAAGACUAGGAUCACCAAUGCUACAAACUGCACCAAAGCGUAGAGAAAAACUUCAUCAUCGGCUCAGCAAGGAUCUUGUCUUAACAGCAAUGAGGGAAAAAAAGCUUGGUAAAACAUUACCACAGAUGAGGAUUCAACAAAGUCCACCAAGUGCUGUAACCUGGACUCAGAUUUUUGAGCUCCAAAAUCAGGAUGGCUUUUGGAAUCUCAGCCCAGAACUUGGGGUUAUUUUGGAUCUUGAUGUGGAUUAUUUAACCAAUAUUUUCCUUGCAAAAAAAGGCAUUUGGUCCCUAGGUCCUAAAGGAAGAGAAGUAUUGCAGUUGAUUGCUACACUUUUGGUACUGCAGUUCAUACGUUAUAAUCAGCAACUGGAAGGGAUAACCUUCAAAUCUCUAAUGAAACUGGAUGAUUCGCCUACUUCAAGUGCUAUUCACUGGGCUUUUGCUUCAGUAAAGAAAGCAGUGGAAUGGGUAAGAAGAACUGACAGACAAUUUCCAGCCAUCUGCUAUCGACUUGAACUUGGGAAGGAUUGGGACUCUGCCACUAAGAAGUUGUUGGGUAUCGAGUUAAUCAGCACCAACUUUCCUCCAAGUAUUUAAUCACAGAAGACUUCUAUAAGAGUUAACUACUUUACUCAUUUUGCAAUUAUAAGACAAAUUACAGGAGUUCACUGCAUUAAUAGAGGAUAAUUUGAUUUUAUAUCUGUAUAAUUAUUAGGUAGUUUUAAUAUCCAGGAAAUUAACCAAAAAUAUGGAAAUUUGGGUUUUUUUCUUAUAUUAUCAAUAAGGACAGUAACUUUAAAUUUAAAUAUAGUGUUUUACUAAGAGUAAACAUAUACUGCAAUUCACUGUCUAAAACUCAAUAUCUAGCUUCUAUGUUAGAUAAUUUUUAAUUUAAGUUAACCAUUUUGCAGUGCUAAUGCUUUUAUAAUGUGUUUAAUAUAAAUUUGAUUUCUUCUAUAAACCUUAUCCACUUCUUUGGACCAGUAGCACUAUAUAAAAAAACUGUAAUGUAAUAAAGGAAUUACAUCAGCAAGGAAAUACUUCAAUACACUGAUGUCAAGAGGUAUAAGAAGCUGAAUAAUAAAAAGCAAAUAAACAUUUCAAGGUUUUCACUUAGGUAGUUAGAUAAUUCAUUCAGUUGAGUUUCUCAUCAAAAUGCAGCCAAAAGAAGCUGCGUAUCUGUGAUAAUGAUUAGGGGCAUAUGCCUCUCUCAUGUCAGCAAUCUGUGAAUCAUUAGAUGCCCAACUGCUUCUGGAUGUCCAGGUAGCAGCCUUUUCUUUCCAACACAGACAUUGCUACUUUUACCUAUAAAAAGAACAGGAGUACUUGUGGCACCUUAGAGACUAACAAAUUUAUUUGAGCAUAAAUUUGUUAGUCUGUAGCCUCAAAAAGAACAUGAGUACUUGUGGCACCUUAGAGACUAACACAGCUGCUAAUCUGAAACCUGUUACUUUUACCUGUGUCUUUGGCACCUUGUGGUUGGACUACUGCAAUGUGUUUUAAAUGAAGCUGCAUUUUAAGACAAUGUGGAAAAUACUGCAAACGCAGAAAAUGGUUAUCUGCAUUCACAGAGACAAUAUAAUGCUAAAAAUCUCACUUUGGUUUGAAAACUUUUUAUCUACUGUACAGUUGUUACAAUAAACACUUAAUGAUGAUUAAUCACUGAAA